AUGAACCCCAAAGAUACAAAGGUGGAUCAGUCCACUGCGGAGAAAGAUGUUGGUCUCGGCGAGACCCACGAUAUCGGAGCGAAUCUAUAUCUGGAGGCAGAGCAACUGACUGCCGAGGAACUGGAGACGGAGGGCGCUGCAGUGCUAAGAAUCAUCGACUGGAGGAUUAUGCCCAUGCUCUACAUAACAUAUGUUAUUCAAUUCCUCGACAAACUAUCACUUAACUAUGCAUCGGCAUACUCCUUGAUCCCAGACCUUGCUCUUGAAGGCCAACGAUAUUCAUGGGUUGCCGCUAUUUUCAACUUCGGUUAUCUAUUCUGGGCUCUCCCAGCCAACCUCUUGAUCCAGCGAUUGCCAAUUGCAAAAUAUAUGGGCGGUAUGAUUUUGAUCUGGAGUGUACUUGUUGUCGCACAUGUUGGAGCGAAGAAUUACCCAGGAAUUCUGGUAUUGAGAUUCCUGUUGGGUAUGGCAGAAGCCGGAGUCAGUCCAUGCAUGAUGAACCUUACAUCAAUGUUCUACAAGCGCUCCGAACAACCGUUGCGCAUGGCUAUCUGGCUCAGUGCAAACGGCAUGGCCACGAUGGUAGGAGCACUAUUAGGAUUCGGCCUUGGCCAUUCACACAACACCGCGCUCCGCAGCUGGCAGUUGAUUUUCCUAACCAUCGGACUACUCAACUUCCUCUGCGCCUGUAUGUUCCUCUGGGUCAUGCCCGAUUCGCCCAGCUCCGCCCGCUUCCUGACCCACCGCCAGCGCGUGAUUGCCGUGCAGCGCGUCGCCGAGAACAUGAUCGGCGUGAAGACCCGAGACAUCAAACCACACCAGGCACUGGAGAUUCUUUAUGAUUUCAGAGUCCUCUGCUGUGCCGGAGUCGGCAUCGCCUGCGGUGUGAUCAACGGUGGCUCAUCGAAUUUCGCAUCAGCCCUGAUCAAAGGAUUUGGCUUUAGCGGGAUCAACGCUACACUCCUCCAACUACCUACAGGUGCGUUCGAAGCGGUGAUUGUACCAAUCUGCGGCAUCAUUGCUACAUACGUUAAAGAUACACGCUGCAUCGUUCUCGCUGUCGUCUGUCUGAUUCCCUUCGGCGGUCUCCUGGGUAUCCGCUUCACCAGCCUCGAUCAUCCGUGGACUUUGGUCGGAUGCACCUGGCUGCAAUAUCUCAUUGGUGCUCCUGUCAUUAUCUCGUGGAAUUUACUUGCAACCAAUGUUGCCGGUCACACUAAACGUGCGGUCGCUAACGGUCUCUGGUUCUCGCUCUAUGCGGCUGGUAAUGUCGCCGGAGCGAAUAUCUUCUUCGCUCGUGAGGCCCCGCGUUAUUACUCGGGUUUGCUGGGCCUGCUUAUUUGCUAUGCGGGUAUCAUUGUUCUAGCAUGUGCAGCUUAUAUCUCGAUGAAAUGGGAAAAUGGAAGGAGGGAUGCUGCAUUGGUUGCGGCUGAUACUCAAGAGACACCGGAGGAUGUUACCUCUCAGGGUAUCUUGGAUGGCUUUAAUGAUUUGACGGAUAUGGAGUCCAAGCACUUUAGGUAUGCGCUUUGA